GCAACACCUCGUCAUCUUGUGCCUUGGUCGUCCCCAUAUCAAGCUACAAUUCCUGUUGUCCUCAUCUCUCCAGUACAUAGACAUCACGCUUACUAGUAGCUGGGACCGUCCCCCAAAUUAUUCGACAGAGCUAGCAAAGGCGGACCUCUUCUCGAUCACACGACUAGGCUCGCCAGGGAAGAAGGUCAGACAGUUACGGUCAACGGCGAGACCCAACAACAGAGUCUAGGAAUCAGCAAUGGCGGACCAGUCGCAACAUGUGGUCCAGAUUCCUCAGGCUGUGAACAUUGCUGCCUCUCAGGAUGCGAGUAUCUCGCAAGAAUUGCGUACUCAGGCAAUCGAUUACCUGACGAAAGUUCGAGAACUUAGCGAAGAGACUUGGAAGGCAUGCUUGACCCUGUACCUCCAAGGUGCCGGAGCAAGCGCAACGAAUCCGGUCGGAAGGGACGGAAAGGAGAAGCUAUCGCAUGAGCUCCGAGUGUACUGCUUGCAAAUCGUGGAUGAUGUUCUCGGCAACAAGCCCGAAGUCAUCGCAGAGCAAGACCUGCUGACACUUCACCAGGCUCUGAUGAGCUACGUUCAAACGGAGUUCGUCGAGGGUAGUGCUGAGCAAGGCCUAAGCUUUAUUCGAAACAAGUUCUGCUACACCCUUACAUUAUGCUUCCUCCGCCUCUAUCCCUCGCCAGUCCCCGACUUUCUCUCCCCCUUCCUAUCCUUCCUCAAUUUCCCUCAAAGCUCAACUCAAGCUCAGAACCUUCAGCCUACCAUCGUUACCCUUCGAAUGCUUUGUGAGAUUGCCGGUGAAGUGCACGAUCCGUUGUUAAAGUCGGCAAGAAAAUGGACGGCAGAGCGGAACAACAGGGACGGUCAGGUCCGAGACAGUCUUCGAGUCCGAGGAGAGGUCAAGAUCAUCUUGGACGGGCUGGUCAGUCUGGUUGAGCAAGGGAUCAAGUCAGAGGGCCAGCCGAUGAUGCAGGAAGUGCUGGAAUGGUCGAUGAAUACAUUAGCAACCUGGGCCCCUUGGGUCGAUAUCAACGCAUCCGUCACCCCUGAUUCCUUGGCCCUCUACCGAAAGCUUGUCGAGCACCCAUCUCCGCGAUACAGGAAUGUGGCUCUUAGCGUCUAUUCGAUCCUGCUGCACAAGGGGACCAAAACAUCAGCGGAAAAGCUGCAGAUUGUGCAGGUCUUGGAUGUCAUGGCCUUCGUCGGGCCACUGGAGGAGAAGACGAGAUUAUCUGGAAAGGCGCCGGCAGAUGUGGAAGAUGAAGAAGUCGCUUUUAGGGUUGCACUGGGCAAGGUGCUUGCCGCAUAUGGGACGGAAGCUCUGAAGAUGAGCGAAGACGAAUCAGCCGAUCCGGCAUUACGAUCCGAGACAGAAGCGAUGUGUUACCGAACAUUACCCAUGCUACUGAAGUUCGUGGAAGACAACAACAACGACAUUUACGAGGCGGUUUCGCCAUUAUUAACUGAUAUCAUGCGAAUCUACAAGAAGGCCCGCAAAGCCAACGAAAAUGGUUACGUUCUACCCCAAGACAAGGCUCAGUUUUUUGCGACACUACUAGAAACUUUGGUCAGCCAAAUGCAAUGGCCGGUGGACUCGGAAUGGGACCCGGCAGAUCCGGGCGAGGAAGAAGACGACGAUUACGAAGCGUUCAACCAGCGUCGAAUGCGUAUACGUUCAGAAAUCGAUCAAAUUGCGCAGAUCGACUCCGAGUUGACCAAGAGCAGGAUCGUAGCAUUUGUUUCGGAGACUUUCAAUCAGAUCCAAUCUCGCGGCCCCUCUGCCGUAUCGUGGCAGCAAGCGGAACUGGCGGUACACUUGACCUAUAUCUAUGGCGAAUUGCAACGAACAUCAACGCAAGGAAGAGAGAUCUUCUUCAACAUUCCCGCCGAGAUUACGAACGCGCUGAGAGAAAAGGCAAAGGAGAGAGCCGAGAGGUAUAGGGAACUGAACGCGACAGGCGAGGAUCUACCGGACGCUCAAAUACCACUACCUACCAGGGAACAUGUGGACUUUGAUCAAUUCAGUCUCACGCCACAGGGACAGAUGCUCGAGCAAGCGAUCCAGGCUGGCAUCUUGACAUACCCUCAUUCGGCCGUUACGUUACAAUAUCUCGAAUGCGUGUCUCGGUACUCGGAGUUUUAUAAAUGCAAACGUCAACACAUUCAGCCCGUACUGGAAGCCUUUGUUGACCAGCGGGGUAUUCAUAAUGACAAGAUGGCUGUGCGACAGAGGGUCAUCUACUUGUUCUCAAAAUUCAUCAAGGACGCCCGGCGGUACAUUGACAAGGCCUUUGUGCCAGCCAUUCUCAAUGGAAUCAGCGACGCUCUUCCUAUCGUUGCUGUGUUGCCUGAAGUUGAGAAUCCCGGCGAUGACGUGCUCGUCAAGGCUACGACUGGCUCCCAACCCUUCGACACGCAUGUCUAUCUGUACGAGGCGGUCGGAACGUUGAUCUCGCUAGUUCGCGAUCCCGAGCAGCAAAACCCGAUGCUUCAGGCGGCGUUUGGACCCUUGAUCCAGGAACUGGCGACUUCAGUACAACGAUCUGCCUCGGGCGUUCGUCCAGAACUUGUGCAGGUCUUGCAAGUCCAUCACGUCAUUGUCGCUAUCGGCGCAUUCGCUCGAGGGUUCCCGGAGCCUGGUGAAGUACCUCCGUCCACAGCUCCAUCAUGGGUAGCAGCAUUCGAGCAGCCAUCUCAGGCCGUGUUGCAAGCUCUCGAGGCAUACAAGUCGUACAGGAUCAUUAGGGAUGCGGCUCGAUCAGCCAUGGCGGGGAUUAUCGGCGCCUUGGCCACCAGAGGGACUCAUCUGGUCGCCCCACUCGUGAUCCAUACGGUGGACCUGUUCGAGCCGCAGGAGCUGCUAGAAUUCUUUGGCUUCCUCGGCAUGUUGGCGCAUCGUCUCAGGGCCGACAUCAAACCGAUCCUCGAGGAGCUUUUCCCAAUCUUGUUCGACCGCGUGUACGCUCUCUUGGCCACUCCCGCCACGGGCACGGACGAGACGAUCUUGCAGGGCAACAUGAAGAGGGGUUAUUUGAGCUUCCUGCAGACGAUCUUUACCGACGAUCUGCAGGACAUGUUCCUCAGCGAUCGCAACAAACCUCGUCUCGACGGGUUCAUCAACCAUCUCUUGUCGAUCGCCACGGACAAAUCGGAGCGUAGCGACCGUUCCGCACAAAAGGCCGCCAUCUUCUUGCUCAUGCGGACCGUCCAGACGUGGGCUUCUCAGCCCGGUCUCCCUACCGCGUUCCUGACCGAGGCAGCGUUGUUGAACAAGGAGAGCAAGAAGCAGGUCAAGGUCAACGGGAACGUGCUCACGAGCGGAAAUGCUAGCAGUCCCGGGUCCGGGUCCGUCGCGGGAGGCCAGGUGGUUCCAGGGUACGAGACGGUCGCGUACGAACGCAUCGUCCCGGCCAUGUUCCAGACCAUCCUCGAUCCCGAAUUCAAGGCCAAGGACGGGCAAGCUUCUCUGGUCAUCCACGAAGUGGGCAACCUCUUGCGAGAGUUGAUCGCCGCGAGGGGGAAAGAGGCCGUGGAGUACCUCGAGAGUCGCUUGUUACCCUCGACCGGGUGUCCAUCGGCCGCCGCCCAGGAGCUCUUGGUGCAUAUGAGGAGCGAGACGGCGAAGGAUUUCAAAAAGUUCUUCGCCGACUUUAUGAAGGAAUGGAAGGCGGGACUGGGGUCAGCUUGAUAGGAGGGGGCUCGUUUCAGGAUCAGCGGUCGACAACGGAGAAGACGUGAUGCGCGUGCAUGCAUAGGACAAGGGCAAAGUCUAUCGAAAUAUACCAUACCAAAAGUCGGAAGAAGGCGUCGUGGUGGCCGUUUGUGGGCAUUACGAUCUUAUAUGCGAGGUUUGUAGCGGGGCUGGGCAUGACGAAUUACAGAUGUCAUAUGUGCAGCCAUCUCACUGUUUCCAGCCUGUCUAGCUAGUAAGCUGUAUCAGAGGAAUAUCCCGUUUCACCUGGAAGGGUGUUUGUUCGAUCUGGA